GGCAGCGGCGGCGCGGGGCGUCCGUAUCGUUCGGCUCUGGCUCUGGCGCGGCGUCUCCUCCACCCCCUCGUGAGCCUGGGGAACCUGCAGCUCAAAGCCGCCGCCAGCCACACCACCAUGUACCCCGGCAACAAGCGGAAAAAGCUGUGGCGGGAGGAGAAAGAGCGUUUGCUGAAGAUGACCUUGGAAGAAAGACGCAAAGAGUACUUGGGGGAUUAUGUUGCAUUGAAAACUAUUCCAACAUGGAUGGAAGACUUAAAAAGUAAGAGCGAAAGUGAGGGUGAAAACACUAAAGAAGAUCUGCAAGGGAAGAAAAGUCUGAGCGAGAAAGUUUCUCUCUAUAGAGGUGACAUUACACUGCUUGAGGUUGAUGCCAUCGUUAAUGCUGCUAAUUCCAGCCUUCUUGGAGGUGGAGGAGUGGAUGGCUGCAUCCACCGAGCUGCCGGGCCCUGUUUAGUGGCUGAGUGUCGCAACCUGAGCGGCUGUGAGACUGGACAGGCCAAAAUCACCUGUGGAUACGACCUGCCUGCAAAAUAUGUGAUCCAUACUGUUGGGCCAAUUGCAAGAGGCCAUCUCACUGACACUCAUAAAGAAAACUUAGCAAGUUGCUAUAAGUCCUCUCUGAAACUGGCAAAAGAAAACAACAUCAGGUCAAUUGCCUUUCCCUGUAUUUCAACCGGAAUUUAUGGUUUUCCAAAUGAGCCUGCUGCUGUCAUUGCCCUUAGCACUAUUAAGGAAUGGUUAAGCAAGAAUCACAAUGAGGUGGAUCGUAUCAUCUUCUGCGUCUUUUUGGAGGUUGAUUACAAAAUUUUCAAGAAGAAAAUGGGCGAGUUUUUCCCUCUAGGUGAUGCUAAUGAAGAAGGGGCUCAGCUGAAAGGCCUGUCUCCAUCUCCCACAAAGAGCAAAGAAGAGCAGCCUGAGGACCUGCAGGAUGAUGCUGAAGGUGGUAAUGAUGCAGUGGAUAAGCAAAACACCGAUGAAAGUAAGACCCAGAGCCAAGAAGCAGGUGAAACAAAACCUUCAUCUGUAGCCAGCCUAUCAUCAGAAGACAUUGAGCUGAGUGAGAAUAAAGAUUCCCUGAAAGACUCCAAAGUCAUGCAGAAGGGUGAUUCAGUGGAUCCUGUGAUGUGUGAGCAAGAUCAAGCCAAAGGACAACAGGAUAUUUCUGCAAAUGAGGAGAUAAAAAGUGGGGAAGAUUCCCAAGGCUCCUGCAUGGAAAUAGAAGAUCCACUGUUGAACCAAGAAGACAAAACAGAAGCUGAGAAACCUUUGAUUCCUAAUGCAGAGGAGAAGGAGGAAGGAAAAGAAGGAGGGAUACAAGAGCAAGAGGAAUCUUCUGUGGAGCCUAUGAAAAUUGACCUUGCAAGUCAAGCAGCAGAUGUUUCAAAUAAGGAUGCUGAAAUGAAUAGUCAAGUUGAAAGUAUAAACGAUCCAAUGGAAACAGAGCGGAAAGCUUAAGUUACAGGAAGGAUGCAGGAGAGGAGAGACCCAAGGAAACCCUACGGGCAGGCGCUGACAUCCUACAGCAUCAUUCUUGGCUGAAAAGAGCACACGGAGAUGAUCAGCGGGUUGGGAGGGGGGGAGCUUUUGGGGGAAUGAGUCUGCUUUUAAUUUCUCUUUGUUCUUCAUUCCAUUUCAUUCUGUAAGCCUGUUGGAAACAAUCAUAACAUCCCAGGUCUAACAGUGUUUUUCAAUUAACCCUGCAUUUACAACAGUUUAUUCUGAAAUGUGAGUCCCUCUCUCACACUGGGUCUUUUUUCCUCCUGCAUCAUACCAUCACACCUGUUUCCAGGCCCACCCCUUUUCUAGCAUCUUUAUCUUCUUCCCCAUGAUCAGCCUAUGCUGUGCCAUGUCCUUACAUGUGAAUGACACAUGUGGCCUCAAACAGCCCGCACCCCAAAUCCACCCUGCUUUUUCCAGUUAGUUCUGCACAUCUCAAAACCAGUGCUGUAAGUAUGACCUUUGGGUACAGGCAGGCAACAGACAUUUCCUCUAUGCUGGAAAGGCUGUGCAUUCAUGGCAUCUUUAGGUACAGCUCCCGGCUUUAACAGCUUCACACAGUAGCUUUUGUGAGCCCUCAUUACAUUUUCCACUGCAUAUGCAUGAAUUUUUAUUUUUUUUUAAAAGCAAUUAACAGUUAUUUGGAUAAGAAUGUCUCUCCAUAUGUCAAUUGUUCUGCCAGCAAAUGCUGCACUGAAAUUCGUAGAAAAGGAACAAAAGGUUUUCAUGUACAUUUCCCAACUGUACUGUAACCGAAACUGACAGAAAAUACACUGGAUGGAAGAGCACGAGACCCGUGUCCCUAGUGGGAUGUGCUACAAACUGUAUUUUAAAGUGCUGCUAAGAAGAAUCUGGCGACUUUAGCGAAGUAAUUGAUUCUAAUUUGAUAUUUGUAAGAAAAUAAUUAGUUCUGUUCUAUUUUUUUUUCACCCAAAAUAUUCUUUAAUCACAGAAUAGGUAUUUAAUAUCUGUCCAGAAAAAAAAAAAAAAAAAGUAAAA